UUCAUUGCCAGCGCACAUGUACAUGAUGGCACGCUGAGCGACGCAAGUUCUGUUGAGCGCUGCUGUGGCGCCAUAAGCGAGCAAACGUUUCAACUGAAAUGGAUAUUGUUUCAGCACUUCCCGAUGCUAGGGAGGGUGUCAGGCGCUUGUCUCAGGUUCUCACAGGGAUAGUGCACUCCACCCGGCAGACGAGUCGGCAAGCGGGCUCGCUGCCAAACAGCGGUUCGCUCACGCCUCUGAAAAGCGCAAAGUCUCAGAGUACAACACCUCAGCGGAUACUUAGCGCCGACGAUGCCCAGCUCGCAACGGAGAGCGUUGACCGGCUAGCGGCCCUGAUUACCCUGGGUCCGGCCCGCUCCUCCACCUUCGGGGCCGCCGCCGCCGCGGCAGCGGCGGCUCCAUUCAGCGCCGGCGGCGCCACCGCCACCGACACCGCCCACGGCAGCGGCGGCCCAGCCAGCGGCGGCGGCGGCGGCGGCCGCGGCGGCCCAGCCGGUAUAACCGGCCUGGACGAGCUGGCUGGCGAGGCGGCCGAGCAGUACCUCACUGAGAUGUACGACAUGCUGCUGACGUGUCACGUGCCGGCGGCGCUGGGGGAGCUGGCCGCGCUGGCCUGCUCGGCGCUGGUGGGGCCGCGCGCCGGCGGCGGCGGCGGCGGCGGCGGCGGCACCGACCCCGGCACUAGCGGCUACGGCACCGGCGGGUACGGCGCCGGCGGCGGGUACGGCGCUGGCGGUUCGUCUUCCGUGUCCAACUACGAGGAGACGUACCGGCGUCGCAGCGUGGAGCUGCGGCCCAGCCUGGAUGUGUAUGUGCGCGAUGGCGGGCCCAACCCGGCCCGCGCGGCCAUGGACGGUUUGCUGUGCCAGCACAAGCUGGGCGGGCACGCGCAGGCCCUGCUGGAGUCCAUCUGCCAGCUGCUGCUGAGCUGCGUGUUCGACCCCAUCUGGCGCCACCGCGACCUGCUGGCCCAGGAGCCGGUGCGUGCCCUGGUGGUGGCGCUCUCUAACUCCGAGCUGCUGCCCGCCUGUUCCGAGCUGUGUGUGCGGCUGCGGCCCAUGCUGGCGCGGCCCGCCUCGCCCGAGGCCGCAAGCCACACAUGGCUGCUGGGGUUCGUGGCGAGGUGCUUCACGGGCAUGUGCCGCUGCAUGAAGGCCAUGGUGGAGUUCGAGGCGUGCGAGGGGCUUUGGGCGGCCAUGGGCGACGCCCUGGCGGCGCAGCUCGCCAUCACGCGCCUGAUUGAGCACUUCAGUGCCGCCGCCGCCGCCGUACACUGCUCGUACCUGACGUACCGCCCGCUGCCGCCGCCCGGAUUUGGAUCCACCGUCGGCGUGGAGGCGUCGUACGUGGGCAUCAAUCCGGAUCUGCUGUCUGGCGGCGGCGGUUGGGCGUUUGACGGCGGGCCGAACAGUGGCGGCAGCGGCGGCGGCGGCGGAUCCACGGGUCAGCACUAUCUGACUCAGCCGGCGGGUACGGCACAUCGGUACGGCGAGACGUACCUGGAGCUGUGUACGAGCGUGGAGGUGUUCAUGGAGGGCCUGUUCCACCUCACUUGGCACCACACCGCCCGAGUGGAGGCCGCCUCUGCCGCCGGCCCGCCGCCGCCGCCGCUGGUGCGCGACGUGCUAGCAGCCAUGGAGCCCGAGGGCAGCGGCAGCGUCGCCGAGCUGCUGACGGCGGCGCAGGCCGCCGCCGCCGCCGACGGAUCCAACUUCGUAACCGUAGAAACCAUAACCGCCGCCGCCAGCGCCGCCGCCAUUGCCGACGGCGGCGCGCGCGCCGCCGCGCUGGCGCCGCUGCUGGCGGUGCUGAUGCGCGGCGGCGGCGGAGCCGCCGGCGCCGCCGCCGGCGGGCCAUCGGCGGCGUGGCCUGCGCUGGUUUCGGGUCCGGCGACGCACCGGCUGGCGUCUGACUGGCUGGCGCACGUGGUGGCGAGGCUGGAUGGCGGGGAGCUGCUGCUGGGGGGUAGCGGGCAGUUGGAGGGGUCGCCGCUGCUGCACCAGCCGGGGCCGGUAGACCCCGACGAGCUUCCACUGAUGCUGUCCGUGUGCCUGGCAGUGGCGGGCGCCGGCGCCCCCCAUUACGUCACACACCACGCCGCCUCCGCCGCCGCAGCAGACAUGGCCGCUGCCGCAGCUGCCGCAGCAUCAGCAGCCGCCGGCGGCGGAAAGGGCUCUCCGGGCGGCACGGGGGCGGCGGCAUCGCCGCGGUCCGCCUUCCGCCGCCACAGCAUCGAGCUGUUGAAGGGGCUGGCGGGCGGCGGCUGGGGCGGCGGAAGCGGCGGCGGCGGCGGCGGCGGCGGCGCAGACGCGGCGAUUGACGCGGCGCUGGCGGGGGGCGGCAGCGGCGGCGGCCGCAGCUCCAGCGAUACGCAGGGCCACGGCCGGAGCCACGCCGUGGGCGGGGGCGCGGGCGGGGGAGGUGGUGUUGGGGUUGGGGUUGGGGGUGGUGGCGGCAAUGCGGCGGGAGUGAAACACGCGGACCGGCUGCUGCGGCUGACGGCACGGGGCCUCAAGCUCAUGGCGGCCAGUGGGGACGCCGAGCUGGCGCCCUUCCCAGCCAUACACGCCGCCCACUCGGCGGCGGUGGCGCUGCACCGCGUGCUGCAGACCGACUUCGCGGCGGGUGGCGGCGCCACCGGCGGCAGCCCCCUGCCUGGGUCCGGCAACACCCCCAACGGCCCCAACGGCCACGUCGCCCGCUACAGCCCCAACGGUACCAACGGCUCCAACGGCCCCAACGGCUCCAACGGCAGCCACGGCUACUUCUGGCCUCUGGCUCCCACGCCGCCCCCCCACACGGCGUUGCUGCUGGACUGCUUCGUGAGCUCGCUGUUGUCGUACGCGGCCUUCCUGCACCCAGACCCGGACAAGGACCCCAUCACGCUGCGUGCGGUGGAGCGCUGUCACGAGCAGCUGCUGGACAUGUGCGGCGCCACGGGGCAGGGGCUGAGGCUGGGCGUGUCCGCGGUGGUCCACGCCACCCGCGGCGGUCUGCUGCCGGCGCUGGAGGCGGUCAUGCGCGCCGCCGGCCUCACCGGACGCCUGGAGGCGCUGCGGGUGCUGCUGGGCUCGGUGCUGGGCAGCGCGCCGGCGCUGCAGCAGCUGCUCAUCACACGCGAUGCCGCGCUGUUCCUGACGCUGAGGAAGUUGGUGAUCGCCUGCAUCAACCUGGCCUGCCCCCACCCGCUGGAGGUGCCCCCGCCCGCCCUGGGGCCCCCCACCAGCCGCUACAGCCUGAGCCUGGUGCUGAGGCAGCUGCAAAACCAGACCCACCAAAACGAAAACCAGGCCCAAAACCAAAACCAAGACCAGCAAAAACGCGCAUCCACCGCUGAGAGUGACGCAGCUUACAGCCUAGGGAACGGUGCGCAGCCUGGCGGCGGCGCUGGCGGCGGCGCUGGCGGCGGCGCCGCCGCCGCCGCCAGCAGCAGUAUUAACGGCCAACCGCUGAUCCUACCGUUGGCGGUUGAGCUGCUGGAUACGAUCUCAAUGAUCGCGUCGCGCUUCAUCGAGGUGCAUGAGGGCCGCGUCGCGGCGGCGGCGGGCAUCAAGAUUGAUGCGGCGGGCAAUGCACUGCCGGGCCCGGGGGAGUACGGCGCGGAUGGCGCCUACAGUGAGGCGGAGCUGGAGGCGCGGCGGCGGCGGUCGUUCGAGCGCGAGGCGACGGAGCUGCUGCCGCUGGCGCAGCUCCUGCCCUUCGCGCUGUCAUGGCUGGCCUCGCCUGCCUCCGAUCUGGCGGACGCAUUGGCCCAGGAGGUCAUCAACGACGACGGAUCCGGAUCCCUGUACGGCGAUUACGCCGCGGGCUUAGGAACCGAAGCCGUUGGAUCGGGAGCGGUUGGAGCGGUUGGCGGCGGCUGUACGGCGGGCCGCGAUGCGAAGGACGGGGAUGGGGAGGGCUCGGUGGCGGCGCCGCCGCGCGGCGGCGUGGGGCUGCGUCAGCCGUCCCCGCCUCGUGGCAGCAGCAGCAGCAGCAGCAUGCGGCGACGUGCGUCUGUGGAGCUGUCCCGGAGCGGGCUUUCGCUCAAGCCGGUGGCGAGGGGCGGUGUGGUGGACAGUCUGCCAAACGAGGGCGGUGGCGGAGGUGGUGGCGGCGGCGGAGGAGGAGGAGGAGGAGGUGGUGGCGGCGGCGCGGGCGGCUCGGCGGCGUUGGUGGACGGGCUACCGCGCAAGGGGGCGGCGGCGGCAACGGCGGCGGAUGCCUGGUCGCGGCCCGGGGAGCGGUCGGAUGUGGUGCUGGGGCGGUGCGCACACGCCUUCCACGUCAUGUUCAGGCUGACUGUGGCGCUGUCGGACCUGCAGCGCCGCACGCCGCACCCCGACUGGCCCGGCCUCAUUGCGGCGCUGCAGCCGCAGCAGCUCAUGGCGAGGGCGGUGCAGCUGCUGGUUCACGGCAUGACGCGCGGCCGGAAGCAGCGCCAAGGCGGCGGCGGCGGCGGUGGCGGCGGCGGCGGCGGGCGCGGCGGCCUGUCCUACCCCGUACUGCUGUCCUCGUUGCUAUCCGCCUCCAUCUGCGGCGUGCAGUACGGCUGGCUCGGGCCGGAGAGCUUCGGCAUCCCCUCCGCCACUCUCACAGCCGAGGAGGAGGAAGAGGCGCACCUACAGCUGGCGGCGGGCGGCAGCCUGGCGGCGGCAAUGGCGGCGCCGCCGCCGCCUACCUCGGGCGCCGCCGCGACGGUGGCGGCGGCGGCGGCGGCGGCGGAGCCGCCGCCCCAGGCCCAGCCGGCCCGGGCGGCGGGCUUUGGGCCGUUGUUCUCUCGCGUGCGUCGCUUCACGGUGGUUUCGGCAAACCCCGAGGGCCGGGCGUUCCAUUGGGCGAUGGUGGGAGACGACGGCGGGGAGGAGGGCGGCGGCGACAUUGGGGAGGCGGCGGCCAGUGCUGCGGGCAGCAGCAUCAGUCAAGUGGAGACGGGAGAGGAGGGUGACGGCGGCGGCGGCGCCGGCGUCGGCACUCGGCGGCGCAAGGUGGCGCUGCUGGCGGCGGCGGCGCCGGGCGGCGCUUGGUCGGAGCUACCGCCGCCGCCGGGUCCGGCGGUGGUGCCUACCCGGGCGCUACAGCUGCUUGUGUCCGAGUACGGCUCCGCCGCGGACAAGGUCCUCUUCGAGCUGCUGCUGCGGGCGCUGUCCAGCAAGCGCAACGCCGGCGCGGCGGCCGGCGGUGGCACCACCGCCGCCGGCGACGCGACACCGUCGCAAUGGGCCACUGGCGACAACGGCGGCGGCGGCGGCAAAGGCAGCCCGAGCACCUUCUUCUGGGUGCCGCCCUCCCAGAGUCUGCGGCUGCGCACCUGCAGCAACCCCUGCUGCAUGAACUUGUCGGGCCUGCACGAGUCGCAGCUGCGGCUGGCUCCCUGCCCGCGCUGCGGCGGCGAAUGGUACUGCAGCCGCCACUGCCAGACCAUGCACUGGCACUCGGGCGGGCACAAGGCCAAAUGCGGCAAGUAACUUGGCAGCAGCUGGGAUCUGGAUGUGGUAAUAAAGUAGCAGGUUGGCAAGAAGUCGGAAGGCGGGUGCAGCCAUCUCAUGCGGAGUUGACAUCGAGCGGGGCUUGUCCUUGGUCAGGCAGGGCUUUUCGAACGGGGCGCGUGCGCGAGCGGCACUUGAAGGGACUGAGCGAGGAGGUGGGGUGAAACAUUCACAUGAUCGUGUUCAACGGCUGCGGGCGGCGCUGCCACCUCCGGCGGCUGCCGACCGCGCUGCCUCAU